CCGUUUACGAUUAUUAUCGCGACCGCAAGUCCGCAAACGAUAUUAUUACGACCAUUAUAAUAUUAUUAUUAUUUUUAAUGAGUAAUAUUAGUUUUUUAUCAUCGCGAGUCUCGUAUCGAAAUCGGUAGGACGUAGUGAACGUUUCCUUAUUCCGACCAACCGUCAUGACUCGUCACCGCCGCCGCCGCCGCCGUCUAUAGUACAGCCGUACGUGACCGCGUCUUGAACAUUACUAUGCCUCACAAACCAUUUUCCGACGGACGGCGGUCGUGCUGUUACGUUCGCUAAAAAAAAAACCCGCCGCGACGACCGUGACGGCGCUACCGAUUAACGUGGCGCGCAUAAAACAAUAAUUUUAAACGUCGUUCAAAUUUAACUGUUUUUCUGCGUCGUUAUUGUAACCGUUCUCCUUCGCGUCGUUUUCUCCGUUUUCGUUUUCGGUCACAUUCUCCGCACAUCCUCGACGAGAGGUGGUGAGAGAGACACCACACACACACAUUUACUUUGCGUGUCGCGCAGUGAGUGAGUCGUCGGUCAUCGUCACCGGCGGAAUGACGGACGAACUCUCCGGGAUUGAUUGAUAAAAUUAUUGGAUGCAUACAAUUAUUAAAAAUUAAUAAUGGAUUCUAGAGAUAGUGAUGACAUGAAAGUUGAACCAUCUAGUCCAGUACGAAAUACAAAUCCAUUUAGUCGAUCUAGUAGUGGAAGUUCUCUACAUGCUGGAAACCAUAGUAGUAGUAGUGGUCAUGAAGAUGAUGAUAGUGAAGAAAAAGGUUCACCAAAUAAUUACAAAGAAAGGCGACGAGAAGCUCAUACUCAAGCUGAACAAAAACGUCGUGAUGCCAUAAAAAAAGGCUAUGAUUGUUUACAAGAUUUAGUCCCAACUUGUCAGCAAACAGAUAGCAGUGGUUAUAAAUUAAGCAAAGCAACAGUAUUACAAAAAUCCAUAGAUUACAUACAAUAUUUACUGUUGCAAAAGAAAAAAUUAGAAGAAGAACGUAAUGCUUUACGAAAAGAAGUAGUUGCAUUACGAAUUAUGCAAGCUAAUUAUGAGCAAAUGGUAAAAGCUCAACAAAUUCCAAUGGGUCAUGUUGAAACUAGGAUACCUGAUGAAGAAAAAUUUCAAAUGUUUCAGAAUAUUAUUGAUGAACUGUUUUUUACAUUUUGUAAUAUAAAUGUUAACAAUUUCACUGAACUUUCUGCUUGCGUCUUCAGUUGGCUUGAAGAACACUGUAAACCUCAGACGUUACAAAAUUUAAUAGAAACUGUUCUUGAAAAGGAACCAAAAAGUCAUACACCUACCUCAACCGACAAAACUUCACCAUAAAGUAUAUUUUAUUUAUUUAUUGAAUUUUAUUUUUUACCAAGUAUCCGAUUAUUGUUGUAAAAUUUUUAAUUAUGUUAAAAUAAAAUAUUUUUUUAUAAAUA